CACUGCACGAUAUGUUUUAACUGUAAAGAAGCGGUCACACUGGUCGCGUCGUUUUGGUGAAAUCGUGGAAGGAUAUUUUGUCUCUGUGUUUAGUUGAUAAAACACAUUAAAAAAUAUGUGUAAUUCAUAAAAAAAAAAUAACAAUUACCCGUAGAGUAGUUAAAGGGCUGGUAGCUGGUUUAGAAAAAUAUAAAUUUACAAUCAUUUGAUAUACCGUUGUUCGCGCAUAAGCAAAAAGAUAUAAUAAUAGACCUACCAACACAAACAAACACACGGCCAGAAGUUCGUUGGCGUUGAAAAGGAAAAAUAACGAAAAGAAAGGGAAAUAAAAGUGCAAUAGAUUCGGUUUACAUUGUGCAAAAAAUCGAAGUAGCCCCUGCCAACAGGGUUGCUAAAAAUAAAGACGGCGACAGCCAGUGCUUAUCGUUGGAAAUAAACAAAAUAACCAACGGAGAAAUCAUAACAAAAGCGCAAGACUAGCGAGCAUAAAAGACAAAGGAGUCCCCUUUUUGGGGUUGAAAACCCCUCUUCUUAUAUAGCGGACCAGGAUUGCAACGACUAUGAAACACCUUGCAAUCUAGUUUAAAAAGCAAAAGAAAGAGUUACGAACAAAAAAAAUGCCUUGCGACAACGCCAAAACCUCUUCGGAUAUCGAGCAUGUGGAUUGGAAUUCCGGCCAACACUAUGCAAAUGUCAGAUUCGGUUCUGGCAGCAGCCAGGCCUCCCAAAACAGUGGUGACAUCUGUCGCAUAUGUCACUGCGAAAGUGAUCCGCAGAAUCCGUUGCUCACGCCGUGCUACUGCUCCGGAAGUCUAAAGUACGUGCACCAGGCCUGCCUGCAGCAAUGGCUCACCGCCUCCGAGACGAAUUCCUGCGAGCUCUGCAAAUUCCCUUUCAUCAUGCACACCAAGAUCAAGCCGUUUAACGAGUGGCGCAGCCUUGACAUCUCCGGCAUUGAAAGGCGGCGGCUGUGCUGCUCCGUGCUGUUCCAUUGUGCCGCCGCCCUGUGCGUCAUCUGGUCGUUGUGUGUGCUCAUCGAGCGGGCCGCCGACGAUGUCCAACGUGGCCUAUUAGGUGCGGGGUAUUGGCCCUUCUGGACCAAGCUGGCCGUUGUCACCGUUGGCCUGACCGGCGGAAUGGUCUUCAUGUAUAUCCAGUGCAAGGCAUAUCUGCAUUUGUGUCAUCGCUGGAAGGCACGCAACAGAAUUCUGCUGAUUCAGAAUGCGCCGGAAAAGAUUCAUCCCUUGGCACCUCCAUCCCCAGUGGCCGCCCAUCAUCAGCACUUCAGUGAGCCACUCGCUCAUGCCGGGUCAGCCAGCGGAGCAGUGGAGAUUAAUGCCAGCGGUGCUGCCGGUGGACACUGUGGCCACGAUGUAAGCUGUGCCACAAUGGAAAACGGUGGAGGCAGUGCGGGAUUAGGUCUUCAUCAGCAAAUGCAGCGUCUUCUUAAUGCCUCGCCACAUCAUAUGCUACAAAUGGCCGCCGAACUAGAGGUGCCACACAGCAGUAGCAGUGCCUGUACGCAGACGGAGGAUGGAAAUGGUCACCAGCGGCACCAGCAGAUUCAACAGGGUGGCCAGCAACUUGGUCAAGUAGCGGUGGCCGCCAAUAUCGAGUGUUCACAGUCGCAGCACAAUUACGAUCGUGACUGGGCUCUCGAUGAUGUUGUCUCACAGAUCUCUUCAUUCCGUCCCUGUCCUCAGGGGUCGGGCAGCAUGACGCCCUUCCACGAUUCCAUACACAACGUGCUGGAGCACUCGGAGGGCUCUAGUCGCGGCUCGGCAACGGAUCUCUGUGCCGGAUCACGGCAGGAUCUCAGUGCCAGCGGCAUCUCCACAGACACAGGCCGUGAGCAUGCCCUGCAACUGAGCAGUUUUAGUGCAGGCAGUGGCGAGCAUAAAGCGCCGUCGAUCAGCUCUGGAGUUUCGCAUGCGGUGGCCAAUGGACUAGGUGGAUUCGUGUAUAAACCGCACCAGACAAAGCGCUACUCCAACUCGUCCAUCUUUCUGGAGAACCGUGAUGUGCUGAGUGACCAGACCAGUGUAGGUCCAGAUACUGCUGUACAUCCUUACGAUUACAGCACGCCGCCAAAGAUCGACUAUCGUCACUCCGGCAUGAUGGGUGCAGACUUGCCCAUUGGCUGCUGCACCACUGAUUGUUUGGGUGGUCAGCAGCCGAAGGAGGAACUUCGUCGCUACUCGGAUCCCAAACUAAAGCCGUGCGAAACGGAUACUGUGCUGGAUAUUGAUCUGCCUACAUCGCCACUAUCGCCACCUGCCGCUUAUGCCAGUCAGCAGAAGCAACGGGAAUCCCGUCAACAUUCACAUCCACUUGUGAUCUCCUCAUCCUUUGACCGGGGAGUGGAUGGAGUCAGUAGCAGCAAGAGCAGCAGGGGUUAUGGUCCCUCGGACACUCAGGUGGAUCGAUCGCGGCUCAGUUUCAAGUCGUUGCCAAAUCUCAGCAGCAGCUGUGAAAGUCUCAUCCAAAAGUGAGGGAUAUAUUCUGCCCGAUUGGUCUGAUGUGAUCCACUAUCAUCUGCGCGCUCUCUCUCCCCAAUAAACCCUCUGCUCUCAAGUAUUCACCGCUGGUCGACGGAGACCCCGAGAUCCACAUAGAAAGUAAAAAAAGGAAAUACUAUUUUUUGUACCGCACACCAAUGGGCUUCUAAAGCCAGAUCGUGGCCAGCGGCCAAAGGAUCCCUAUGUUCUCCUCUUUAUAUAGCAAAGCCCAUAAACAAUUUGAGACUGCAAUGAUUAAAACAAAACACAAAAAGAAAACAAAUUAAAGAAUAUUGUAAAAGUUUGCGUAUCUAGAUUUAGUCGCUAAAUCGAUGUAUAAUUUAUCCUGUAUUCGUGUACUACUAUCAUCCAGCCUCUCUGAUCCCAUAUAUAUAUAUGUAUAUGUUUGUCCACUUAAGUUGUCCAUGCCAAAAAGCCCAAAAACCAACCAGAGACAGUAAUUAUUUAGUCCAAGUGUAGGAUUUGUGUUUUGUUUCUUAACUUCUAAGUCAAAUGAAAUUUUAAAAAAUUGAUCUGUGAUUAAGCGUCAUUGAAUAUACAUACAUAAAAUGCGUAAAUGCAAGCGAAAACAUAUUGACAGCAGCCGCAGCGGUAGGAAAUGCCGACAAAAACAAACAUUUUUACUUAACAUCAACUAAGAUAAACAACCAACAACAGCAACAUGACAACCACUAAAAGCUUUUUCGCGGUUAACAGCGAAAGCUCUACGGAGCCAAGAGAAAUUGAGAUAACAUCCGUAUCUUAAAAAUAUCGCUGAGAUAUAUGAAUGAAAACCGUUUUAGAUAUAGACAUAGCAUAAAAACAGUAAAUACUUAUGAUCGCUGCAAGUUACGAGCAUAAAACCAAUAAGAAACCAGAACGGGCAACUAAAUUUUUUAUUAUGUAUUAAAUAUUUAAAUAAAUAUGUGCAAACAAUUGAUUAAAUUA